AUGCUUUCCAAGGCUAACUGUGUCACUCGCUUUUCAAGCCUCUGCUUGCUCUGGCCCAAGCCCUUCGUUCAAGAGCCUGUCGAGAUAUCCCAUACGGACCGGAAACGGGAAACCAUAUCAUGGUCAGCAGCGGGCCUCAUAGGCUUGUCGGCCGCUGGGUUUGCAGUCCAGAUUGUCGUCGUACCAAGAACACCAUGGGCUAUAGCUGCUGCUGUGCUAUGGGCUGUGGCGGCACUAUACCUUGCGGCGGUGCGCCCGACGACGGUAUCGAUACCGCUGCUCCUUGCUUUCGUCGGCAUUGCCGCUGGGGGAGUGAGCUCGUUCGCCUUCCACCCUUCUGAUGACCUGUCCGGGCAAUCAGUGAUUCUCGGCGGUGUGAGUACAUUCUUGGCCAUACUGGCUUUAGUAGUCGUGAUCAACAUGCCUCUUCGAGACCCCGCGUCAAUUCCAGCGGACGUCAGCCGACCUUUUACAACACCCAGCAACGCAUUUCGCUCCCCGGAAGACAAUUUGACGCUCUUCCAAUGGAUGACUGUUUCUUGGCUCAGCCCCUUGAUCAAGAUUGGCAAUCAAAGGCAGCUACAUGAUGAGGACGUCUGGCUGCUCGGUUUUGAAUUCCAGCAUCGGCACCUGCACAAUGCAUUCCGCGAACUCAGGGGCACUCUCGUCAGACGCCUCUUGGUCGCAAACUGGAUUGAUCUCGUCCUUCUCACCAUUCUCGCCAUCUUCGAGUUGGUGGCGAACUACUCCGUUCCAGUCAUCCUGCAAAAGUUGCUCCAGGCCAUGGAGAAGACUCAUAUCAGCAGACGACCUGCAGUCACGUUUGCGCUGCUGAUCCUCAUGGUCAGGCUUGUCGCCGCCCAGAGUGCAGUCUUCAGCCUCUGGUUUGGCCGACGUUGCUAUGAACGUGCAAGAGGCGAAAUGAUCACCAUGCUAUACGAAAAGACCCUGAACAGGAAGAUUUUGGGCAGCCGUGACCCAGAAACCACAAAAGGUGCCGGUUUGGCCAACCGCCAUACAGCAGACAGGCCAGAUCCCAGCGAUAUAGGGCCCCUCCCUCCGACUGAAGAGCCCUUGGACGACUACAGCCAAAAGUCGCCCGCUAUCACGGGACGAGGCCGAAAGUUGCUCCAGCGAGUGCGAUCAUUAUUCAGGUCCAAGAAGGGCCACGCCGUCGAAGAGAAAUCCCCUGCAUCCAUGGGCAAGAUUUUGAACUUGAUGCGCAACGACGUUUAUCAGGUUGCUCAGCGAUUUUGGGAGUUUCAGACACUAAUCAACAAGCCGUUAGGUCUGGUCCUGUCUGUCGUUCUUACCUGGCGUAUGCUUGGGUGGUCAUGCCUGGUCGGAAUGGCAGUGGUAUUUAUCGCCCAGCUCUUCAACUACGUCCUUGCCCGCAUACUGAUCAGCUGGGAAAAGGAGCGCAGGAAGGCGACCGACGUCAAACUACAGCGGAUAUCACAGUACGUUGAAGCUAUCAGGCAUUUGAGAUGGUAUGGCUGGCACCUCAGAUGGCUUGAAGAUGUCAUGACGGCGCGACAACGAGAGGUCGGUUUGAGAAUUGUCACCUACCUCUGGAACUGUGCCAUCCGGUUCGUCAACUCCCUCGCCAGCGGAUUGCUGCCGGUGGCGUCCUUUUUUGCCUACACCGCCCUGGCAGGCCACCAGCUACGGGUCGAUAUCGCCUUCCCUGCAUUGCAACUGUUUGCGCUGAUGCAGACAAACAUUCGAGAACUGCCGGCCUUGAUAACCGUCUUGCUUGAAGCAUCCGUGGCGGUGGGACGCAUUGAGGGCUUCAUCUCCGAGCCGGAAAGAUCCGAUGAGUCGGAAGUCACUGGAGUCACCGACGACCGACUGGAAGUGCGUAACGCCACAUUCUCAUGGCCAGGUCUGUCUCGCCCGGUCCUUCAGCAUCUGAACCUCUCCUUUCCCCAAGGCUUGACUGUGGUGUACGGCCCGGUCGCAGCGGGCAAGACCGCGUUGCUUCAAGCAUUGUUGGGGGAGCUCGAUCUUCUUGACGGCCAAUUGUUCAAACCACAUGUGCCAGUUGGAUACUGUGCCCAGACGCCGUGGCUUCAGAGUAUGAGUAUUCGGGAAAACAUUCUCUUCAAUUCACCAUACGAGGAAGCUCGGUACAAAAAGACGCUCGAGGCAUGCGCUCUUCUCCCAGAUCUGGCCAGCUUCAAACACGGUGACCUCUCACACAUUGGAGAAGACGGUAUCGGGUUGUCAGGAGGCCAAAGAGCCAGAGUUGCUCUCGCACGCGCAGUCUACAGUCGAACGCAAAUUCUGCUGUUGGAUGACCCUGUGAGUGCACUGGAUCAGCAGACUGCGGAGUGGAUAGUCACAAAGUGCCUGGUUGGCAGUCUGAUGAACGGGCGCACCGUGGUCCUCGUUACACAUCGCAUCGACCUCUGUCAACAUGUUGCCGCGCAGUUUGUUGAAAUAUCGCACGGUACAGCAACAUUACACCGGCCCGACGAAAAUCUCGCCUGUUCCACCCCUGCGACUGUAGUCGAAACGGGGAAGCUUGCUUCAGAUGACGGCCGUGAUCCAGAUGUCGAUGAAGCCGCGGCUGUUCCCGAUAAGUUUGUGGAAGAUGAACACAGAGUGCACGGCGGAGUGCAGUGGGCUGUGUACUGGGAGUAUAUCAAAGCGGGCAGGCUGACCGGGUGGUUCAUGGUCGUUUUGACCGCCAUUCUAUGCCGCAUCACAUAUGUGCUUGAAAGCUGGUUUCUGAAGGAGUGGAGUGAGGCGUACAAUUCGGCCGCAGUCCAUGUCCUCAGUCUGCAGUCGUCGGACCCUGGGAUCCAUUUGCUCAAAAGUCCCAUCGCCGGCUUCUUCGACAAAUUUCCGAACCCGGCAACCAACGUGCAACCAUGGCUACUGGGGUUGCUGGUCAUCGUGGUCUCUGAAACGCUGGCCCUGUUCCUCUCGCAAGUGUCCAUGCUCGUGGUCACCUACACCGCAGCCGUUCGGAUCUUCAAAGACAUCAUGGAUCGAAUCAGCGGCACGACCUUUCACUACUAUGAUGUGACGCCAGUGGGCAGACUCAUGAACCGCCUGACCUCCGAUGUCGGCACGGUGGAUAGCAACAUUGCGGAUCAGUUCUUGGUUGUCAUAUGGUAUAGCAUCGCGUGGCUGUCCUCCAUGGUUGUCAUCGCCAGUGUCACGCCGGUGUUUCUGGUCUUUGCAAUCGCCUUGACCCUCGCGUUUGUGAUGAUCUUCUUACGUUUCAUCCCUACAUCCCAAAGCUUGCGACGCCUUGAAAUGGUGUCCCUCAGCCCUCUCAUGUCGAACUUUGGGGCGCUCUUGAAUGGGCUGAUGACGGUCAGGGCCUUCUGUGCCCAGCCGCAAUUUCAGGAACGGAACAUCCAGGUCACAGAUGCUUUCCAGAAGAUGGACCACUUCUAUUGGAGUCUGCAGGCGUGGCUCAUGUAUAGGUUUGACGCCCUGUCGGCGGCCUCGACCUUUCUCCUAACCGUACUCGCUGUCUUCUCGGGCUUGUCGGCUGGUCUGACCGCUUUUGUCCUCGUUGCGGCGAACAAAUUUGUCCAAUCGACUCAUGCGAUCUGCAAACAAUACGGUCAGCUGCAGCUUGACUUUGUCAGUGUAGAGCGGGUGGUUGAGCUCCUCCAUCUGGAACAAGAGGACCCUGGCUUCAUCAAGCCUCCGGCUGCUUGGCCAAGAUAUGGCGGCGAUGUCGUGUUUGAGAAAGUCACCAUCCGAUACCAACCUCAUCUCGAACCAGCUCUUUCGGAGGUUUCUCUGCGCCUCAAGGGCGGCACCACCAACGCCAUCAUUGGCAGAACUGGCUCGGGCAAGUCAACGCUGGCCUUGGCCUUAUUGACAACGAUUCCUCUUGAUUCCGGCCGUAUCUUGAUCGACGGCAUUGACAUUGCGAAAGUUGACAAGCAAACUCUGCGGACGCGAAUCACCUUCCUCGCCCAAGACCCGAUUCUCUUCCCAGGAUCACUACGACAUAACCUUGACCCGAUGGAAGAGCACUCGGACUACGCUUGCGAAGGCGUUCUUUCGAGAGUUUGCGGGAAAUAUGGAUGGACUCUGGAAACCGCAAUUGACAAUGGAGGGCGCAACCUGAGUCAAGGACAACGGCAGCUUGUCGGACUUGCUCGUGCGAUCCUGCGACGAAGCGCAGUUGUGAUCAUGGACGAGGCAACAGCUAGCAUCGACCUUGACACCGCAAGUGAGAUUCAAAGAGUUCUGAAGGAAGAGCUGCAAGAAAGUACUAUCAUAACCAUUGCACAUCGCGCCGCAGCUGUGGAAGGUGCCGAUGUUUGUGUUGUCCUGUCGGCUGGGCGGCUCGUGAAACAAAACCAGGUCAAAUUGGAGUCUCAGAGUAGACCAAGAUAG